GAAGAAAAGUUACUUUCCAAACCCUCAAAGAAUUUUAGUGAUCAAAAAUCAUCAAACAUCAAAAAUCGCUGGACUUCUGCCUUUUGCUGAACGUCACCGUGGAUCAACAGAAUAGUUCAAACAAAUGUCCCAGCAACGCAAACACAAGCAGGUUAAAUACUGAAACCCAUUCCAGAGUCCGGCAGAGCUCAGCCAUGGACCUACUGAUGGUCCUUCUCUCCUUCUCGGCCCUCGGUGCUAUAGUGGCAGAUGAAGAGUCCUGUGUCGGACGGUGUGAUCUGGGCUUCCAGAAGAUGAAUAAAUGCCAAUGUCACGCCCUCUGUUCCUUCUACAGCAGCUGCUGCAGGGACUACUACACCGCCUGCGUGAAAAAUGCCCCCCUCUUUCCCGUGGAUGACAUUGAUGAUUAUGACACACGUGAUAUCUACAUCGCGGCUAACAACACGGAUGAAAUGUAUCCAGAUAUGUAUCCCAGCCUGGAACCAGAUCUGGAACUGUAUUGGUACCUUGACCCCAGCAUGGAACCCAGCCACAAACCAGAGCCCACCCAUCAGCUGGAACCCACCCAAGAUCCAGUGACCAGCCUGGAACCAGAGCACACCCACCAUUGGGAUCCCACCCACCAUUGGGAACCCACCCAUGACCCAGAACCCACUCACCAUUGGGAACCCACCCAUGACCCAGAACCCACCCACCAUUGGGAUCCUACCCAUGACCCAGAACCCACCCACCAUUGGGAUCCUACCCAUGACCCAGAACCCACCCACCAUUGGGAUCCCACUCACCAUUGGGAACCCACCCAUGACCCAGAACCCACCCACCAUUGGGAACCCACUCACCAUUGGGAACCCACCCAUGACCCAGAACCCACUCACCAUUGGGAACCUACCCAUGACCCAGAGCCCACCCACCAUUGGGAUCCCACCCAUGGACCAGAGCCCACCCACCAUUGGGAACCCACCCAUGACCCAGAACCCACCCACCAUUGGGAACCCACUCACCAUUGGGAACCCACCCAUGACCCAGAACCCACUCACCAUUGGGAACCCACCCAUGGACCCAGAACCCACUCACCAUUGGGAUCCCACCCAUGACCCCAGAACCCACCCACCAUUGGGAUCCUACCCAUGACCCAGAGCCCACCCACCAUUGGGAUCCCACCCAUGACCCAGAACCCCCCCACCAUUGGGAACCCACUCACCAUUGGGAACCCACCCAUGACCCAGAACCCACCCACCAUUGGGACCCCACCCAUGAACCAGAGCCCACCCACCAUUGGGAACCCACCCAUGACCCAGAGCCCACCCACCAUUGGGACCCCACCCUUGACCCAGAACC